GAGGAGUUAUAACUUGCCCCGUAUCAUGCAGCUUUGCUCCCGGAAAUGUUGUCCCUACUUAUUCCCUCCUUUGGAUGAAAGCACCCCUCCAAUAUUACCUUCUACCAUGUCAUUCGCGGAUUCCCCUAUGGGGAAACUCCGAUAGUUGACCUCAAGAGCUCGACUUUAUUCGAAGCCAGCUGUUACUAUGCAGAGGUCACCAUACGAAUCUAUAACAGUUGAAGAAUCCUUCCUCCGCGGGGAUUUUUUCCCGGGUCGCUCCUAUGAAAGAACCACCGCCUCUGCUGUACGACAGCAGCCACCGCUCGAGCCUCCUACGAUCGAAGCAUCUCUUUCGCGAGCCCAGCAGCGCUCAAAUGCCUCGAAGAGCCCCUACAAUCAAAGACGACGUAUUAUAGGACCUCCUAUACGGCUGUCACCAUAUGAAUCGCAAACAAUAGAGGAGUCUCUGUUGAACGCCCCAGUGCGCACGAUUUCCCUCCGGAGCGAAACUAACAAUCAGCGACCUCCGACUCAGUUAGCCGCUCCGCGAAGAGCGCCGUACAAAACUCCUCCAGCUAAAGCAUCUCUUCCAGACCCAUCAUUACGGCCUUUUAUCGCCACUCGCAAAAUCCCGUUCAAUCCUGGCCUGCCGCCUCGGCCCAACGCACGGAAGCCUUUUUACAAAGUUCCGAAAAUUGAAGGGACCCCGGUAAUAACCCAGCCAAAUGUGGAAUCUCUAAGGAAGAGUUCCUAUAACCGGAACGAGGCAGCAAUUCGGCCCAUUCCCACUUCAUUUCGGGGAUUUCCGUAUGAAUCCUUCACAAUUGAAGAAUCUCUCGUGAACCCCACGCUAAGCUGAAGAGCUUCCUACGAUUCCACGCUUUCGGUCCUCAAACAUGGCCACCCCAAGUUAGAACAAAUAACCCUCCAGCAUAGAUUAAACGCCGUCUCUUUGGACACACACGCCGCCCCUUAACCUGCAUACAAUGACCUCGACGAUGCCUUUAGCGUAUCCCCUCAGGUGUCAAUCGUGGGAAGGAAGCGUAGGCUUGACUGCCCGAUCCAAAACCAGGGAACUCAAGGGAUUAAGGGGCCGUCGCCUAUACACUGGAAAAUUUUGCUCAUCUAUUGUUGAUAUCCUUAGAGCGUAUUUAACCGAAGUUACAACAAAUCAUCCUGCGCCCUACAAGAAGGGGUUAUGUGCUGAAAACAUAAGUUCGUUUUCACACUAUAUAAGCGCACCCGGGCGUCCUCCUUCUCAGCCGGCUUGCUUGGCUCCAUCCGCUUUGGGGUACCCUUGCUUAGAGCCUUCGUGUUUAUUUCAUGAAGGGCCUUUCUCCGCAUACCCAGCCCCGUCUUAUAAUGAGCAUAGAACGAGCAUGCGUCGAAAACGUAGGUAUUACCUGUCUCCGCAUCCGUUCCGGUGUUACCUUCCCAGAAGUCGCCGUGGAUCAAAGUAGACUUAAUCGAUUCCACAUCCUGAGUCUGCCUGUCAAUUAAUCUAGUGAUUACGCAUUUGGAAAUGUGCUACACUAGAUGCUCAAGCAUUGUCCAUGGGUCCUUGAGCUGAACGUCCAAUCUAAGGAUGCCUAACUUGAAUCCCGGGCAGAAUUUUGCCGCACCUUGCCGUCAAAUGUGGGAGCAUAAAACCCAAAUUAUUGUGGCUGAGAUUUGCUUUUUGUACGAAGGUUGACCAAUUCUUCAGCAAGCUUUUUUGGUGUGAUUCAGAUAAUCAGAGAGGAAGAAAAAUGUUAGAUUAGA